UUUCAUCUCUCACUCCUCCCCUUAGGUCUCCGUUGACUGACCCGUGUGAUCCAUGGGUCGGGGCAAGGGGCAAGAUUGUAAAAAUUCCUUUGUUCAGACCUAAUGCUUGGUGCCCCUAAUGCUUGGGUUCAGAAACAGGCCUUUUGCCACAGCCUAACAAACACCAUCUCUGACUGUGGUCUCAGUUAGCUGAUAACCUUCUGUGCCCCGUGGUGUUUUUUUAUUUUUAUUUAUUUAUUUUUAAGUUUGCUUCUGGUUUUCCUGGAAUCUGGUUUCUGGAUAGACUUUGGUGGUCUGUCCCCAUCUGUGCCCAAUUUCCCUGGACCCAACACUUCCUUGUCUAAGGGAAGUGUGCACCACUGAACUUCCAGCACCCAACCCAAUCCUGCACCCUCAUUCAGUAUUUAAUAAACAUGUACCAACAUGUUUAUUAAAGCUAGGGUUAUGCCCUGGAUUCAAGCCUCAAUAUGAGGAAUAUAGUGCUGAGCAGUAUUCUGAAGAGAUGGCUGUAAUGGUUGACCAUUCAAGGUGUUACAAAGGAAGCUCUGACAUAGGACCAAUAAAUUACUCUGUAAGAAAGAAUGAAAAACAGCAUUUAAAAGCCGCAAGUAUUCUACAGCAAACUAUAAGAAGAGAAACCUACCUACCGGACCCAGGCUCCUUUCACAACACGGUCUCCUGCACAAUGACAUUCUGAGUUUAUGUGUUGGUAUGGAGUGUCUUCAUCUGAAAAAAUAGGCUAAACAAUUUCAAUUUAGAGAGAUGAUAAUGAAUACAUAUGGCUCAUUCCUGAAAUCACACAAGAGUGGAUGGCUCAGUUCUUGCUUUAUGUGUACUCAGUGGAGAUGGCCACAGCAUCCUGUAAAACGUGCAUUUGACGUCGGUGGCAUCCGUAUCUGACUGGAGUCUCGGUGUGUAUCACGGAGCUCCGUAACCUACUAGCGAAAGCAGUAACCUGCCAGCAACCUUUGCCUGGACAGGCUUACGGAGCGCGGUCCUCAGGAGGAGCGGUACCCGGCAAGCGCGGGCAGGAAGAACUACAAGUCCCAGGAGACCUUUCGCGCGCCCUCAGAAGCUCCGCCCCCAGAGCGCCCGGGCUUUCCUCCUCUCCAACCCCCAGACCCGACUCCGUGUGACGUCAUCUGGGCUUCCGCGUCCUGCACGGCAGGAAGUUGGCUGUGAAGUCCCGCGGCGGUCCCGGCUCCAGAGGGCGGCCGCGAUGCCUUCGAGGCAACUGGUCAGUCAACUGCUGGAACUAUGUCUUCGGUGCCUAAUAAUCAACAUUUCCAGGUAUAUCUCAGAUAUUAAAUAUUUGCCUCCCAACAUCAAAGAUAGACUGAUUAAAAUUAUGAGCACACGGGGCCGGAUAACAGAUUCCAAUAUAAAUGAGGUGCUACAUCCUGAAGUCCAAAGACUAGAUCUCAGGAGCUGUGACAUCUCAGACUUGGCUCUCCAGCACCUGUGCAGAUGCAGAAAACUGAAGGCACUAAACCUGAAAUCAUCCAGAGAACAUAGAAAUAGCAUAACUUCAGAAGGGAUAAAAGCUGUAGCUUCUUCGUGCUCCGACCUGCAUGAAAUCUCUCUGAAAGGGUGCUGCAGUGUCACUGAUGAAGGCGUCCUUGCUCUCGCACGCCACUGUCAGCUGCUGAAGAUCAUUGACUUGGGAGGCUGCCUGAGUAUCACUGAUAUGUCCUUACGUGCACUAGGAAAAAACUGCCCAUUUUUGCAGUGUGUUGACUUUUCAACUACUCAGGUGUCUGACAUUGGUGUGGCUGCACUCGUUAGUGGACCAUGUGCCAAACAAUUAGAGGAGAUUAACAUGGGGUAUUGUAUAAAUCUAACCGAUAAGGCUGUAGAAGCUGUCCUGACUGCCUGUCCUCAGAUACGGAUUCUUCUUUUCCACGGCUGCCCCUUAAUAACAGAUCAUUCACGAGAAGUCUUGGAGCAACUAGUAGGAUCAAGAAAACUAAAGCAAGUGACUUGGUCUGUUUAUUGAUCUGUACUGAGGCUAGUUACAGGAGCCUUUCCAGGAACUUAUUAUAACACUAAUUUAUUACUUUAUUGUCUUAGUUAAGCUGUAACUCCCAGAGAACCAGUUCAAUCUUCAUGUGAAUGUUUGUGCUUUGAAGUUAACCAGACUCAGCAUUUAGCACUCCAGUCAUCCCGUAUUUGUUUGAUGAGCCAUCUCUUUGUUAUAAUGGUGACCCUGGUGUGAACUGUACUUGAUGGAGAGGAAGCUGGGUUUGUUUCUUUAAUAACAACAGCUUCAAAUGAUUCAUUUUCCCUUUAUAGUCCUUUCUCUGGUGUAAGUAUCUGAGCUGUUGAAUUCUAAAUAAAGAUGCUUUUAAAAGUGUAA